AUAGAAACUUGCUGUUGAGUGUUGCUAGUGUAAUUGUUUUGAUAAAGGCGAUAAAAUCUGAAUCAGAAGUUUCGACUCGUUUUCACAAUUGGUCUCCGCCAUGUUGGUCAGGCGGUGUCAACCCUAUGUGUAGGGGCCCGCCGAAGACUUCCUGAAAUGCACAGUACAGAUAAUGGACCAGAGGCCGUCAGGGAUACCGCCAGCAUGGUCUCGUCGGCUGGUGGCGGUGUGCAGUCGUCGGCGGUGAGCGUGGCGGCCAACAGCAUACCCAGCGGCGCCUCCGGUGGCGGUCACCACGCGGCAGCCGGUCCGCGCGAGUGCUCGGGCUGCGGUAAACGCAUUACAGAGAGGUUCCUGCUGAGGGCACUCGAUCUCUUCUGGCACGAAGACUGCCUUAAAUGUGGCUGCUGUGAUUGUCGUCUAGGAGAGGUUGGAUCCACGCUUUACACUAAAGCGAAUUUGAUACUUUGUAAACGGGAUUAUCUUAGGUUGUUCGGCACAACUGGUUAUUGUGCGGCUUGCAAUAAAGUAAUACCCGCUUUUGAAAUGGUGAUGAGGGCCAAGAGUAACGUUUAUCAUUUAGAAUGUUUCGCCUGUCAACAGUGCAAUCACAGGUUCUGUGUCGGCGACAGGUUCUACCUCUGCGACAACAAGAUCCUGUGCGAGUACGACUACGAGGAGAGGCUGGUCUUCGCCAACAUCGCGAACAACCCAACGGGCUUGGCGCACAUACGAAGGCAAGUCGGUAUCAUACAGCCAGCCGGAGAGCAUAUGAGUCCGGGACGCGGUCCCGGUGUCGGGUUGCCGCCGGGCCUGACCCAGGUCCCGGCCGCGACGACAGUCGUGCAUCAGCCGGCAGACCGCCUGCAACUUCUAUACCAAGACAAGCCAGCCAACCUCAACAACAACACAGUUUCCCAGCAACAUCAGCCGAUCGCCAAUCAAAACAACGUCAAUCUGGCUGGACACAACCACGUGACCAGAGACGACGGUUCUAGCGGAUACGGGAGCCCGGAUAGCGAGACCUUCGAAGUACCUCAAUGACGAGCGAACCGGCACCGGGUCAAUUAGGGAAAGCCCGGAGGUUUGAGUAAAAGACCUAAAACGAUGUUCACAUGAGGAAAACGACAUAUUUGAAAUUAUAAGUUCAAUCAGGAAAAAGUGGUCUGAAUUAAUGUUUGAAAAAAUAUUCACUGAAAUAAGCCUUUAGCAUUGGAGAAA